AUGUCAGGGAAGGGAACGUUCACCUUGAUGGUCAUGCAAUUAAUAGAGAUCGGUUUAUUCGUCGUUGGAACCAUUCAAACGCAUGUACCGGCCCAGGAGACCGAGAUGCGGCGCGACAUUAGCUGGGGAGACAUGUCUCGGCUGCGGCGUUAUCCUUACGUCUCGCCAUUUGGCAGCGUGUUUCGCGAACUGGCGGACGGCGAGAUCAUCACGUUCCCUCGCUUCUGGCGCCGAGAUUGUUCCCCCACGGGUUCUGAAUCGUACCUCUCCACGAUGUUCCUCAGCUCUAUUUCGUGCUCCAUGACCAGUAAAACUUUUGGCAUGCCCUAUUCGGUGCCCGCAAGGCAUUCAGAUUGGCCACACUUGACCACCAUCUUCGACGACCGGCACCACGAGUCUCAGCGGUCAGUCAUGGCGCGAUACGGCUUGAUACCUCGCUCCGCUCGGAUCUUCCGUGAUAGGGAUAACAAAUCACACGCCCGUGACAACUGCUCUGUGCACUACGGCACUCGUUGCGCGUACCUCCAACGUCUUCCCUUGCGGCACCUUUGGGACGCGCUACACGUAAGGUUGACGUACAUCGGAGGGGUCUUCCGCAUUCAUGGCACACAUCGGGAUGUGCUACAGGGUCUGAGGUCCACUCUUUGGGAUGUGGAUGUUCACAUGGUCAUGAGGCCAUCCCGACGAGCACCGGGCGGAGUGGAUGCCAAUACUCCAACUUGGAUUUGCGCAGCAGCAGCAGGCACUCCCUCUGACCGUGCAGCUCAGUUUGGACGCGUUUCGGGAGGGAUGGAUGCAGCCAUACCCGGGGAAGCCAGCGGUUAUUACGUACAGUAUCUUCUUUUAAUUGAAAACACCUGUGCUGAUGAAGUCCACUACGCCUGCUGCUAUCCAGAAACAUCGCCGCCUGCAGGCGCCCCGCCCCUCGCUUCGUCAGCGGUCACGUACACAGCAAAGCGAGUGGAUGACGAACGAGUCAUGUCGAUCCCUCGUGCGAACCAAGUCAAAAAGUCAAUUUUGCAGAAGGGGCUAGAAGGACGAUAUAUCGCACGUAUCGGUGACGUGGAUUAUCUGCGGCAGCGAAGAGCUCAAAUCUUUGCGUACCAUGGGAAAGCGCAAUACCUGGUAAUGUACAUUGCAGGGUCACACGAUAUGGGACUGACUGACGAGGCCCAACGGCCAGGUGCAGGACUUGAUGUUCCCACAGAAACAGGUCAGGCAGACCAUGCAGCUGAACACCAUGCAGUCAUCGAUGCGCGGCGCCCGCUACGACAUUGUUGCUUCCCGCCGUCAUGGGCAUCAAGGGCAGAAGCCACUCGUGAUAGACUCAGGAAGCAACAGCGUUCAUACUGGCCAUCGACCCGUGCGAGCCCACGUCAAUUCUCAAUAGGGAAGAAGCCAUCUACGCACCGACAUUAUCGCGAUGAGAUCGUUCUGUGCAACGGGAUGGCCGCCAUGUGCUGCGCGCCAUCUCCCUUCACUGGGGUCGGGAGUCCUGUCACACGUCGCACUCGCCUCCCGGAGCUUGGCUUUCUCCAUCCAGAGAUCUCCGCUGACGCUUCAGGCAAGAGCUGUGCGCACGUCGAACGUCUGUGCAGCGGUGAUGUUGACAUCACCCGCUCUUUUCCGCUGGGAAGGUGCUUCGUCGCAACCUUAUCUCAUGUGUUCGAGGAAUCAGAGGACACAAAUAUAUUUUCAUUACGAGGCUACGUAGAGCGUUGGCAGCAUUCGUGCAUUGCGAAGUUAGCAGUAUUCCUGGUACACAACGGGUUCCCAAAGAUCCGGGAAUCGGCGCCCUCAUCAGCAUCAUCGUCUCAUUAG